AAUGGAAAGUACAGACGGCGACCUACAGUUCCACAUUUUGCUCGCUUGGCGGCGAUAGCGUGUACACGGAAGCCCAAACGACAUAGAGGAAAGGGUGAGGAAGUCAGAAAGCAUCUCUGCCUGUGCUGUCACAGCCGUGUUACAAAAAAGAAAAAAAAAAAUCACUGGGGGAAAAAGCCUGGACUAACACUUGUCCUUUUCGAUUUACGCCCAAACCACCACCGACAUGUCGAAGGCCACCCUGUCCGCCCGCUUCAGGCGAGUGGACGUGGACGAGUACGAUGAGAACAAAUUUGUGGACGAAGAGGAAGGGGGAGAAAACCAGCUGGGUCCUGACGAGACAGAGGUGGACUCCCUCAUCAGACAAGGAAAUCUCAUGGAGGCUUUACAUGCAGUUCUGAAAAACCCACCAAUCAAUACCAAGAACCAGAACAUCAAGGAUCGUGCAGAGGGUUUGGUGCUGAAGGUGCUCAGCGCCUUUAAGAGCAGUGACAUCGAGAAAGGUGUGCAGUCCCUUGAUAAGAAUGGUGUGGACUUGCUGAUGAAAUACAUCUACAAAGGAUUUGAGAGACCAUCAGAAAACAGCAGCGCGGUCCUAUUGCAGUGGCACGAAAAGGCUCUGGCAGCUGGAGGAGUGGGCAGCAUUGUCAGGGUACUAACAGCGAGGAAAACGGUCUAAAAGAGGAGCACUUCACUCCAUAUCACUGGUAGACUUGGGGAGUACAUGCUGUACUGUUCAAGUAAUCAAACAGAUGGCAUAUGGGCUAAAAGGAAAACAUUUUUAACCCAAUGUGAUCCUACUGUGUUUAAUGCUAGAAUAAAAAUGUAAAAAACUAAAUCUGGGUCACAUUAGAUAAAAAAAAUGUUUUUUCUUAUUUCUUCCCAUGCACAGCCUAUAUUAGUUAAAGGGUGCUACAGAAAACCUCACACACCCCAUGUGUCUGUGCUGCUUCCCUAAUCUGUAUAUCCUCCUCCUGUCUGUCAUUCCCCUCUAGUAUGCUCUUUCUUUACACCAUUGGUUCCCAAUCUGCGGGGCUGCAAAGUGAUUAAUUAAUAAACACUUAUCUAUUUUUUUUGACACUUUCCUCUUAUCUUUGCUUUUUUUUCUUGUGAAUUAUUGGAUAAUUUGGCUUUUUAAGCCUCUAAAAAUGUUUCUAAUAAAACUAGAAAAAAAGCUCUUUGAUUAAACUGGUCAGAACCUGUAGACAGAUGGAUCCCUUCAUCUCAAGCCCAAAAUGUUGGGAACCACUGCUGUACAGAGUAUCAACACACACGUAUGAUCAUAUCUGUGCUCAGUCACAUGCAUGACUUCUAGCAAUGUACUGUAUCCUCCAUCACAAACACAGAGUGUCAGCUUUGUUUAUCUCAGGAAAACUGUCUCAGUACUUGUUUUCCACCAUCCUCCUGUGUUUUUUUUCUGCACUAGAGACUCCCUAGUGGAAUAAAAGCCUGAUUCUCAGUUGGUAAAUUCUUUUGCUGACACACUUUAGCAGUGGGAGUCUCCGGAAAAGCACAGUUACCGAUGGAGGGUGGUGGAUUUGCUUACAGUGGGGAGAAGUAUGGUGGAGGAUUGGUGUCAUCCAUCCUUCCAUCCAUCUUUUCACCACCACUCUUAUUAAUCCCACUCUUCUGUUCCUCACAUCCUGUUUGUGUCUGAUGUCUCAUGCACCCUCAUCAUGUGGCUCUGCAGGUACUGUUCAUAGGACCUGCAGUUUUUCUGUACUUUCAGGAGAAUGACAUCACCCUGAGAAUACUGUUCUCAGAUUUUUUUUAGUAUUUAACAGAUAAAUAAUCUGGGAUUAAACAUUUCCUCUGUUUUGUUAUUUUAUAGUAAUGAUGAUACUUUUUUUUGCUUCAAUGCCAAAUCCCUACUAAAUAAAAAUUAAAUACAAGGGUUAGGGGUUUAACAAAAGACACCAUGCUUGCUUUACAGGAGAGAUUGAGAUGAUAUUAUUGCUGUUUGUCUCUCUGUAAAUGGAGAGUAAAUUUCAGUUGCAUUGUGGUUUGCAUAAUCCCAAUUUUGAGUAUUUUCUCCAACAUUUCAUACCAGAAUUUUGUACAUGUUUUGUAUCUCUUCUGAGGUUAUAUAUAUCAAAUCUGUUUAAGUUCAUGCUGUAGGAAAACAUCCCCAUACGCUCUUUUGUCUCUCAGUAGAAAGUUAUGCUGUUACUACCACAUAUAUUUUUAGUUCCCAUACAUUUUUGUAACAAAGAGAAAACUGGAAAGUUUUAUCUGCCUUUUGAGGGGGAUCAUGUCUGUUGCCAAAUGAUUUGUUUUGCUUUCAUGGGACUAAUGUAGUUGACCUUGAAAAUGCAGUUGCUCUUGUGUAUUAGAGAAGAAUUUUAAAGUCAUACGAUGGAGUCACAACUAUAUGCCAGUGGUGGAAGAAGUACUGAGAUUAUUUACUUAAGUAAAGGUACAAAAGUAUUAACAGAA